GCCCACUUUUACGCCAUGAAUAACUGUUUGUUUUGAACUGCAAUUUGUCCGUUCAAGAUAGUAAAAUAAUAAAUAUUAUGGUUUACAUUUCCAACUGUCAAUUGUGUUCAAAUCGAACUUCUGUCUGACGGUAGAAACGUCAAAGUUUCAACGAAUCUCAAGUUUAUUAUUUUGAAAAGAAAAAAAAAAUGGGGAGAACUAUGAGAAAUAAAUCAAUGAGUUAUAAAAAAAAAUCAUUAGUCAAUGAUUUAUCUAUUAUCGAUGCAGAGAAUUUUGAACCUCCACAACUGUCAUCUACUCCGGCUAAAACAAUUAAAAGAAAUUCAAAUAGAAUUUUAAAAGACAAUAAUAGUUUGAAUAUUAGUGUUAUAAAAAAACAAGAUCAAACAAUCAAAGUAGAUACAGAAAUUGAAAAACAACUUUACAAACCUAAUUUACCAAUAAUUGAAGAAGAUUAUAAUUAUAAUCGAGUACCUGAACUAUUUUGCAGUGACCCGGAAGAAGAAUCCACAACAAAUGAAAAUACUGGUGUUUCUGUAACAAAUGAUUCUGAUGAUAAAUGGACUACUUUAUCUGAUACUUCUGAAAAUAAAAGCUACUCUAAUGUAUCUGAUUUAUUAGCAGAAAUCGAUGCUGACGUAGAACCAAGAUUUGAUAAAGUGGCAAGACGAUCAUAUCCUGGAAGGAAAAGAAGUAAUAAAAGUUUAUAUGAUGAUGAUGAAGAAGAAGAAAAAAACAUAGAAGUUAAAGUAGUAAAAAAAGAUAGAAAACCUAAACAAAAAAAAAUAGAUCCACAAGAAGAGGCUUUAAUACAAUCUAUCAAUGAACAUUUCAAUGAUGUUGAAACAUUUAGUUUAGUUGUAGAAAAAAAUAAUUAGAUCUUGAAUUCUUUUUGUAGAUUUAUAAUUUUUAUUUCAAUAUAAAAUUUAUUGUUGGAAUGUUAUUUGUUCUUUUCGACAAAUGUAAUAGUAUAUAUUUACUAUAUUAAUAAUUUGUAAUCUAUAAAUAUGAUUAAUUAUCUGUCCGUGUUAAAACUCUUAAUUCUUAAGUUAUUAUAGUUUACAUUUAUAGUUCAUAUUUAUUAACUGUAACUUGAAAUUUAAUAAACAUACAAAGAAAAUAUAAGAUAUGCUUCAGCAUGCAAUAGUAUAGACUAGACAAUAGGCGCUUUUCUUGGAUAUGUUGUUUUUAUAACCUUAGAAUCCGCUACAUUUUAUAUUAAAUUGAUACGAUUUACUGAAAGCAUAGUGGUAGUUUUUCAAAUAUAUAUAACAAUAAUACUUAUUUUCCAUGUAAUUUCUGUAAAAUGU